AUGCCUCAUCACCAUAGUUUGGUUCACGUUGCAGUUUUAGUAUAUAUGAAUGAUACCCUUUGGCUAGACUUUUUGUCCGCAUUAAUGCUGACCAUAUCUCUUGUUAAUUCUGGCCAAAAAAUAUCUAAUAUCGGUCUAUGUCCCAACUGUCCUGCGGAUACAGUCCCAGACAUGGACUUUCAGACGUCCUGUGUCUGCCAAAAAUCACCGGAACAACGUCAAUUGGAUCAAAUCGACACUUCUCUUUCCAUUCAAGAAUCAGAAUGCU